GAGCUGCAGAGACAGAGAGAGAGUGACAGGAGGAGAGAGGGAGCUUUAAUGCGAUGGCCCCGCCACUGCACAUCGCCUGCUGUUCCUGCUGCUGUUUACACCGUGGCAUCAUGGGAGAUGUAGUGCGCUGAGCGACACAGGAGCACAGCUGAAUUGCUGGGCCUUCCUCUCCUCUGUAGCUUCUCUCGGCCAUCCUCCUCAUCUUCCUCUCCUUUCACCCUCCAUCCUCUCUCCUCUCACAAGGAGGAGUCAGAAUGGGUUGUCGCCUGACUCGGACCAAGGCUAAGACUCCAGAACCUUCUCAUCAACGCCACCGGGAGGAGGUGCAAUAUGUGGACGAGUACGGCCAGCCAAUCGCUGUGCAGGUGGAGGCCAGAAGGGGGCGUGGACACAGGAGGAGGCGGUCUCACUGCGCGGUCGACUGCAGUGUCCCAACGGAGAGACACUGGGAGGCCCUGAGAGCCAUGGGCCUGAUGGAGGGAGAGGGAGGCCAGGGAGAUGCCUACGCUGCGGGGUCUUACUAUGGUCACAUGGCCGCGUCGCCCGACCCGUACUCCAACGAUCACAUGAUGAUGCCGCCCAAUGUCUACCCACCCAACGGCUACCUUGCCAGAUCGUCCAAUGAGCAGCACCUGGGGGACAACUACCUGCCCAGUGUCUCCUACAGCCUGGAUCACCUGGACAGACUGGACUAUCAGAGACCAGAGAUGUUGCCCUACCAGCCCAACUCCGAGAGCUGCCUGAUCGGCUGCUACAGCCCAGAAGAGAUGGAGCCAAAGGAUUUCCAUCAAGAGUCGGACUAUCGCCCCCCCUGGCGGUCGGAUCGUUUCCUCGGGUACCUUCCCCUCAGCGAGCUCGACAGUGGGCUGGGCUGCGGCCCUGACAGCCCGCAUCACCGCAUGCCGCUCUCCGAGGCCGAGACGGACGCCAUGUCGUCAUUGCCAGGGCACACCGCUUCCUCCCAGGGCUCCUCCUCCUCCUCAGAGUCCCUGAUCUCCUCCGAACCCAGCGACUCCGGGUUCCACAGCGUCAGCACCGGGGAGCACCGCCGACUUCACAAGAUUCACGCGAGCCACGCCCACCGCCAGACGCACCACCCACGCUCCCCCCGGGAGCAGAGAGGACGCUGGGAUUUGGAGUCCAUCCCUGAGACGACCCCGAUGAUCCACUCCGGGGCGCCGCAGGCGUCCCGCUGCACUGUGGGUAACAGCACCACUACGACGGUUCACUUCCACCGAGCCGAGAGGAGUCCCACCUUACCUCGCCACCGCUCGCCUCCUUCCCCUGCCACUGGUUGUCGUACCGAGCCCUGCCAGCGGAGGGCGCUGUGGUUGGAGAAGCAAAGCGGAGGUGCGAUUGAGGCCCCGGGGCGAAGUCGAACGCUAACGGACCUGAGUGAAGGGCAGCGUCCCCGCCGAGCUAGUCACCCCAACGCGGCCGACUCCAACGCCCUGCGAGGCGGCCUCCAAGACAGCCGGCCGGGGAAACCCAGUCACAAGCUAGGGCCCAGGAGCAGGGCCAGUUGCCCCAGUAACUGUCAACUGGGCAUGGACCGAACCAGUCUGAACACUCACCAGAACGCACUGAGAAACAGCAGGAGCCGAGAGGAGGACGCCCUUCCCAAGAGUCCCGGCUCUGGAUCCAGCGGCGCGUCGGACUGGCGUGGCUUUCAGACCCUGGGGAAUCGCCCCCGCGUCUCCAAAGGCUCCCCGGGGCCCUCCUACAGCACGCUGGGAGCGCCGCAACACAGCGCGACCCGCUCCCCACCGUCGCCCCGCUCCAGAGCGUCCAAUCAGAAGUCGGUCAGGAACCAGCUGCUCAGGGCGCGAGCCUACCGGCUGGCCAGGGAGCGCAGCGAGGCCACGACCGACGAGGAGGUGCGGGGAGGCGGAGAGAGGAACGCCGAGGAGGAAGGGGAAGACGGCCGGUGGGCCGGGCGGUACUGGAACCGCACCGAGAGAAGGCGCCACCUGGCGCUGUCGCGGCAACACAGAGAGCGGAGAGGCUGCGGCGGGGAGGAGCCGGCCGGGGGGCCCCAGGGGUCCAUGUCGUCCCAGACGGUGCUGGAGCUCAGCCACAUGAAGCAGAACCGGCUGAGGAACAGCAAGCUGCUGGACGACUGGACCACGGUGGAGGAGCUGCUGACUCACGGCACACGAGUGGAGAGCGACGGUCAGCUCUGUCCCAGCCCUCUGCUGUCGGUUACUACUGUCUGAGUGUGUGGGACACAGUCCACCGCCGGUCAGCCCUGAUCCCACACCUCAGAGGCACUGACAGGACCACAGAACGAAGAAGUUCAUGUUUCAGUGUGAAA